CGAAAGGAAAUAACUGCUAUGAAGAGGUUAUUAACUUCAAACAAACACUUCGCCUAGCUGUAGCUACAGCAAGCUACAGUCAACAUUUGGACCGUGUCACGCCCCUUUUCCAUGGGACAAGAAUAAGUGGUUUAAUUUCAAUAAUUCAGAUAAGUAGCCUAAACAAGAUUCAGAAGAGGAAAAUAAACUGUGAAGACUUUUUCUGCCGCGCGUGACUUGGAUCUCCGUGCGCUUCUUGUCAUCUUGCGCUGAUGCGAUGGAGUUUUCAGAGCACAUAAAGACCGCGAACGUUGAAGAUGUCGUUCUGAGACGGCCGUUUCAUCCACCGAUGCAAGGAACGUUAUGUGUCACUGGCCACCACCUGCUCUUCUCUAACAGAGAUGGAGACAGCUCGCGGCUGGUCUUGUUACUUCUCAGAAACAUCGAUGCCAUAGAGAAAAGGCCUUCCGGGUCCUCUGGAACAAUCACCCUCAAGUGUAAGGACCUGUGUGUUCUGCAGCUGGACAUUCCAGGCAUGGAGGAGUGCCUGAACAUUGCCCGUUCCAUUGAGUAUCUCUCUUCUCUGGACAUUGUGUCCGAUAUGUAUCCAUUCUUUUACAGACCGCUUAAACUCAGUCUGCAGGACCAGUGGGGCCUCUCAUCGGCUGAACAGAACUACGCUCAAAUGGAGGAGCUACAGGAUAGGUGGAGACUGAGUCAUGUGAACAAGGACUACUCUGUGUGUCCCUCCUACCCCCCUGCUGUUAUUGUCCCUCACUCCAUAGACGAUGAGACAUUGGUGAAGGUGGCCAAGUUCAGACAAGGGGGCCGCUUCCCUGUCCUCUGUUAUUACCACAGGAAAAAUGGCAUGGUCAUCAUGCGCAGCAGCCAACCCCUGACAGGAGCCAAUAGGAAGCGCUGCAGAGAGGAUGAGCUCCUCCUCCAGGCGGUGAUUGACGGCUCUGGGCUGGGUUACAUCAUUGACACCCGCUCCAACCAACAGGCUCAGCAGGCCAGGAUGACAGGGGGCGGGUUUGAAUCUAAAUCUAGCUACAGUUGCUGGAAGAGACUGCACCGUCAACUGGAAAGGGGGAAGGUGCUCCAGGAGAGUCUGAUAAAGUUGGUGGAGGCUUGUGGGGAUCACUCCCACAGUGUGGAUCGCUGGCUCAGCAAGCUGGAGAACUCCAAAUGGCUCUCUCACGUCCACACUGCCCUGGCCACAGCAGGCCUACUGGCAGAGUGUGUGGAGAGGGAUGGCCACUCUGUUCUAGUCCAUGGCUCAGAGGGCACAGAUACCACCCUUCUGGUGAGCUCUUUGGCCCAGCUCAUCCUGGACCCCAAGACACGCACACUGGCCGGCUUCCUGGGCCUCCUAGAGAGGGAGUGGCUACUGGCAGGUCACCCGUUCCAGCAGCGCUGUGCCCACUCAGCCUACUCCCACGCCCGUCUGAGGCUGGAGGCUCCAGUGUUCGUGCUGCUGCUGGACUGUGUGUGGCAGCUGGCACGACAGUUCCCUCUGGCCAUGGGCUUCUCUGAGCCUCUGCUGCUGCGGCUGGCCAUGGAGGUCUACGCCUCAGACUAUGGCACAUUCCUCUGCAACAGUGACCAGGAGAGGUGUGCUGCAGGGGUGAAGGAGAGAACCCACUGUCUGUUCCAGUUCCUCCUGAAGCCCAGUGAGAGGGAGCGUUACUCUAACCCCCUGUAUGAGCCCACUGAGCUGGCCAUCUGGCCCUCCGUUCAGCCACAGUCCCUGCAGCUCUGGAGAGGUCUGUUCCUGCGUUGGACCCAACAUGCUGUGCACCUAGAGAAAGCUCAGGAGGAGUUGCGGAACCUUGUCAUUGAGUGCCGUGGGGCAAGUUGAAAACACUGAUAAAUUGGGGUCGAAAAAUACAGUGACACACUGGACUGAUGGAACACACAGUGACACUCAUCCUGGUUGAUUGACUGUUGAGGAAGAGAACAAAUAAAAACUUUUUUUGUGAGAAAAUUAUGCUCCUAUGGACAUGAAUUAGAUAGGUAUUCAUCCAUCCCAAAGAAUAUCAAAUUGCAUUGCAUACUGUGAAAGUUCCUCACUGUUAAAUACUUUUCUCUCAUGGUGACAUGCAUAUAUUUUGUAUCUACCUUUUUUAUAGCGUUUUCACUGCAAGUCCAUAUUUCUUUUUUAUAAUAUAUUGUGUAUUUUUUAUUACAAACUUUACAUUUUAGCAAUUUUUUAAAUAAUUUCAUACAUGUCAAGGUACUCAAUAUGCAAAUGUUUUAUUAAAAGGAAUUUAAUUUA